GUCGGCAAGUAGCCAAAUAUCAACAACAGCGAUGCACGCCCUGGUCCUGUUUGCUUUUGCUGGACUAGCCCUGGCCCAGUACCAGGACGAAAACUAUGGGCCACCUCAGCCAUUUGACUUUUCGUACACAUCACAAGAUCUUGACGGCUCCCACUCGCACAGCCAGCAGGGAGAUGGAAACGGCCGUAUCACUGGCGAAUACGCCAUUCAGCUGGCUGAUGGCCGAUCUCGGACUGUUAGGUACACCGCUGACGAGAACGGCUAUCGUGCUGAUGUGAUUACCAAUGAGCUCGGAACUGAAAGUAAGAAUCCUGCUGAUGUUACCAUCCAAUCGUCUGCGUUCACCGGAGACCAGGCGGCAUAUCAGGCGGCUUCGUCAGAAUUCCGUCCCGUCCACGUCCGGUUUUAAUUUUCUAUACCUAUCUACUGUAAUAGAGCCGUAGUUGCUAAAGGCUGAUGUAUGAUCGCUCUCUCGCACCAUAGUGUAUCGUAUGAAGGAAGACGGUUGUCAGCAGCGCCCUGUUAAAACUUGUCCGAUCCCGUUAUGUAUCGUACUUCAAUAUGCCGUCAGCUGCCCAGAACGAAAGCAUCUGCUGGAAAAAGCAAGCACAUACAGAUUUUCGCAAAAAUCCCGACGAAGCAAAAUCGGCGGUGUUUCAACGUGAUUUAAGUAAAGAAAGACAAGUAAAGAUGAACUCGGAUGCAUACUACACAUUCAUUAUUUCGCUCCUUUCUUGUAAAUAUUUAUCUAUCCUUCAUCUGACAUUGUCGUCCGCUGAUCAAUGUUCUAAUAAAUCUUCUGUCUAUACAUGGAUACUGAAUCUUGUG